AUGAAUAAAAAUAAAAUCUGGACAUACGAGGAAAUAUCGAGGCCUCAUAUAAGACUUUUCCAACUUGUUGGCUUCAUUCCUUUUGAGGAAACUGUGAAUGGAACCCAAUUAAGAACUUUACCAUUCAGAUAUUUUGCAGAUAUUCAGGAAGAACCAUUAUUCACAAUAGUAUAUGUAUUUCAAGGUAUUGUUACUUACAGUAUAGUAGUAAUUAAUACAGCAGCCGAAGCCACGGGAUAUUAUGUAAUUUUACUAGCAUGUGGAUACUUGAGAUCUGUUAGAACAAGAUUAAGAUCAUUAGCAGAACGCCAGGAUAAACUAAAUUCAAAUGAUAAAGAAAAUCAAAAUAAAACAACUGAAUUAAUUUAUAAGGAUGUACUUCAAUGUGCUAAGUUUCAUCAGAAUAUAAUGGUAUAUUGUGAGGAAAUCGAACAAUUUAUGCGAAUUAUUUCCUUCGUUGGAGUAUUUACAACAAUUUACAACAUAUCUAUGAUUGGAAUAAAAAUGUUUCAGUAUAUGAUACUUAUGACAUUGAAUGUAUUUCAAUUUUUCACAUAUCAGUGGAGUCCUGAUGGCCUCUUAAGAGAAAGUGAUGCCAUUGCAAACGCAGCAUACAGUACUAGUUUAAAACAAGUUGGUAAUCAUAAAAGUAUAAAUAAGAUACUGCACUUCUUAAUAAUGAGAGCACAAAAACCAAUGCAAUUAACCGCUGGAGGAUUUGUCAAACUUUCUAUGGAGACAUUUGGCGUUAUGAUUAAAAGCGCUUUCUCAUUCUUUGCUCUUCUUCGUAACGCUGAUAUUUAAUAUAAAAGGAUUUCCAUAGAUCAAAAUACUUUAAUAG